UUUCGACUUGGCAUCACCUCGUCCCAUGUCUCAUUCUCCUCAUUUAUAACCCCACGCCCAAGACAAGGAAUGUCGUGCAACUCUGUUCCACCAUGGCUACUUCCAGCUCAUCCUCGGAGGAAGACAGGCCUGAGAUUUUCCGUGUUUCUUCGUUUUCUCCGACACCUGGGAAGGAAGAAGGAUGUUUACCAUCGCCCACGGUAGAGCGGCCUGGCACACCCCUCUUCCCCGCUGACGCGGGACUACAGGGAUGGAGGUCCUUAAGCCACUCCACAGUUACUAGGUUAUCUCCGCUUUCGAGUCCUGGAGGCUCCACGGAGUCCUAUGUAUCCGCAGAAGGGAUGGCCGAAAUUUCACGUUUAUUUUCAGGUUCACCUAAGCGGUCCAUGUCCACGAGAAGCUCCACCUCAUCGCCGUUGAACCCCGCGAAUAUGCAAUCUGUUGCUCAACAGUCUGCAUUAUCGCUCUCGGAAUCCAAUGAGAUACCACCAGAGGAUAUUAGAGCUAUAUGCCACCUGCCCAACACGUUACUUCGAGACUCCACGAUCGCGUAUAGGUUCGCAGGUGAUGCGCCUCUCACCCGCCGAUUUCCCCGCCAUCGGGACUCUGUGUUGUCCUUGUAUGGUGUUCCCGUCCUGGCUUCCGAUUCAAGAUACCCUUUUGCAGCAGCAGGCGUACGCGACUGUGGGCUCGUGGCAUAUACCUUUGACCCUUUGGCGGCUGAUCUAGUAGUUGAUGACGACGACGAAUCGCUCAGAGGUGCAAAGACUGACGGUCUGACUCCAUGCGGCGUCGUCAACGUCGCGAUGCUCGCCCUCACGAUGAUUGCCCUCAUAUCGCUAUUUGUGGUUUAUCCUGUGGUGUCGUUCUUUAAGGAUAACACCAUUCCAACGAGUCGGCUCGGUGCGAGGAGCAAGAUCCUAUUCUUCUUCGUUUCGAGUAAGGAUGUUACGCUUGGCUGGGAUACAGUUAACAAACCUGGAGAGUACAGUCUCACCUUCAAAGCCGAGUUCGAUGAGGACAAUCGUCCACUUGUUAACGGCAAUGAUCCUGUACGGUUCACAACGGUCUUUUCAAAAUCAUUUAUCGCGAGGAUUUUCAAAAAUCUAUUGGUCUUCGAUGGGUCAGCGGGCGCAGUCCAUCUUCACAGACCCGUCUGCAUCAAGACAGGCGGAUAUGUGGAGAUUUCGUACAGAUCUGUGGGCGACCGUGAAAUCAAGAGGUUUGCUGUAAGUUCCCUCUUACUGAUUUUGAGUACUGUUGUAAAUACACCUAUUAGUGGUAUACCGAACUUGAGGCUGCUUCAUGGCUGGAUUUGACUAUCAAACCAGGAGGAGGUGACAGUAGGAGUAAAGAACAAGCGGUUUGGAUCGACUAUGUGAAGUUUUAUGAACGCUCCGGUACUUCAUUCUCCGGUCCUUGUCUUGAAACGUCACCCACGUACAACGUGGUAUUUUCUCCCUAGGUUU